AUGCCGCCAAAGCGCAAAGCCUCCGGCGAGACGCACCCACACAAGGGGAAGUCGCAGAGCUCUGCGUCCCAGAAACCCCAAGGCUUUAAAUCCUACACUCUAUCGCACGCCUACCGUCUCAUUGAGCCCGGUCCCGUCCUCCUAGUAUCAACAGGCUCCCUGUCCCAAUCAACGCACAACAUCAUGACGAUCGGCUUUCACAUGGUGAUGCAGCAUGAAUCACCGCCGCUCGUCGGCAUCACCCUGGGCCCAUGGGACGCGUCCUUCGCGACGCUCCAGAAACAGCGCGAGUGUGUCCUCGCCGUUCCAUCGGUGGAGAUAGCCGAGAAGGUCGUCGAUAUCGGGAAUACCUCGGCGGAGGAUAGCGAGAUUAACAAAUGGGAUCGCUUUGGGCUGGAUGCGCUCCCUGCGACGAAGGUUGACGCCCCCUUAGUGGGUGGACCGCAUGUUAUUGCGAAUGUGGAGUGUGUGGUUGAGGAUACGGCGAUGGUUCACAAGUAUAAUAUGUGGGUAUUGAGACCUGUCCAGGCCUGGGUCAGUGCCAGUGAGGAGGAGGGCGGGAGGAUGUUUCAUCAUCGCGGGCAAGGAAUUAUGGUGGCGGACGGGGAAGUCCUGGAUUUCAGCCGGAGGAUGGUUAAGUGGCAAGAGUUUGUUGAUUGA